AGGAGGUUAUGGAGGGAGUAACACUUGCAUAAGCAUUCAGAUUGGGUUGGCUGAUUCUGAUUUGGGCCGCUACAUUGAAAUGGGCUUAAGUGUUGCGCACCGUUUUUGCUGGGCAAAGGAUGCUUCUGGGUAUUGCUCAAGAACAAUUCAUUUUCCAAAUGAAGGGAGGCUCAAUCAUCAGAGGAAGGCGCGACUUGAAGUAAAAUGAAGAGAGACCGUUGGAUCGAGAAAUGAAGCGCGAAGCAUUAGAGGUUUCUCCCAUUUCCGUUUUCCCUCUGCUUUUCUGCUGUAAUUCUGGAUUUGGAUUGAGCAAUCACGAUGGUGACAGCCCGUGGUGGUCUCGAUCGUGCUUUUCUCGGUGACUUUUGCUUAAUAAGGAUUGGAAAAUAUCAAAGCGACCAGGACCCAGUGGCCCAGCGACCAGGAUGCUCUGGCCCAGCGAGUUGACCUUGCUCGCCCAGCGAGAAAUCACUUAUGCUUCUUCUCUUUAAAAACGCGAACCAGAGGUAGAGGCAACAGUUCUGAGGUGUGGGAACGCUGCAGACCUCUCCUAGCUCGAGUUUGGAGGCUUCCAGGAUGCAGGAACACCAUUUCUCACCAUCCAAUCCAUCCGUUUUCUUCUUUCUUGCUUCCGUGAUGUCUAGGAGUAGCUAAAACUCCAUUUCAUUGGGGUUGAAAGUAAUGUAUCAAAACUUUAUGUAAACUUUCUGUUUUAUGCUUAAUCCUUGAUGAAUCUUUUGUUCUAUGCUUGUUAUUCAUGCUUAAUGAUGGAAAUCUGAGCUAUUAGAGUGAUUUGAAUCAUUGGGAAAUGCUAGGAUCACGGACAUAGGUAGAACAACCGAUAGAACUUAAUUCUAGACAUAGAUUGAGAACUUUUGGGAAUCAAUAACAUCGGUCUUAAUGCGAAUCUGAAUUCUAAGGGAUUAGAGUUUCUGUAAAAAGAUUUAGAGCUUGUCAUCUGAGGAAUUAGAGACUUGUCUGCUUAUGAUGUUGAUGCAUGAUUCUUGAGGAAUUGAAUUUGAUAGUAAAGAAUACUGAGUUUUGAACAUGAAAUUCAACCCCAAUGAACCUAAACUUGACUGUUUUUACCACUUUGUAUAUCUGUAUUUUAUUCUGUAUUGUGUAGAAAAAUACAUUUGAUAAUCAUAUUUGACGCUAAAUUAGUAAACUUCCACAAUUAGCAAACCAAACAAAGCUCUUGGGAAACGAUAUCCGGACUUACCGGUUUAUUACUUGUACGAUUCGGUACGCUUGCCGAACUCUCAACAAGUUUUUGGCGCCGUUGCCGGGGAUUUGUUUUUGUUUUUGCCGAUUGUGUGUUGUUUAUCUGAUUUAGUUGAUUUUAGUUAUCUUUUUGUUUACGUGUUUAUUGUGAUUGUAUUUGAAUAUUUGUGCAUAAUUGUUGUCAUCUGUAGACUUGUGUUUUUUUUCAAGUUUGUGUUUUGUAUGAGAAGCAAAGAACAGGUUGAAAAUCUGCUUUUUGAUCCGGAAAUUGAAAGAACUGCUAGAAGGAAUAACAGUAGAAGGAGGAGACAAAGCAGAGAAGCCAUAGAAACAUCUGUUAUUUCUGAAGAAAUUCUGGACUCAUCAUCUGGUCAAGAAAAGGAAACAAUGGAAGGAACUCACAAUGGAGAAGGUUCUGGGCAAGGAAGACGUACUCUUGCAGAUUAUAAUACUUUCUCAGGACCUCUGCACUUCAACAGUAUCGCAAGACCAAUGGUUAAUGCUGCCAACAUGGAGAUGAAGCCAGCUCUUAUUCAUUUGGUGCAGAAUAAUCAGUUCCAUGGAUUGUCCCACGAGAAUCCAUACACUCACUUAGCUACUUUCAUGGAGAUCUAUAAUACAGUGAGGAUUCACCAGGUUCCAGAUGAAGCAAUCCGACUCAGCUUAUUUCCAUUCUCAUUGGCUGGUAAUGCAAAGAUGUGGCUGAAUUCCUUUCCAGAGAAUAGUCUGACAGUCUGGGAUGAUGUGGUUGCCAAGUUUCUGAAUAAGUUCUUCCCUCAAUCCAAAGUCAAUAAGGGAAAGCAGGAAAUCUCUUCUUUUCAGCAGGAUAAUGAUGAAGCUCUAGGUCAAGCAUGGGAUAGAUUCAAAGGCCUACUGAGAAAAACCCCUACUCAUGGAUUUGAUGAGCCUACACUGCUAAAUCUAUUUCUUGGAGGGCUGAAAUCUCAAACAAAGUUAAUGUUAGAUGCCUCAGUUGGAGGUAAUAUCAGAUGGAAGAUGCCUGAGGAAGCACAUGAACUGAUUGAGAAUAUGGCUGCAAAUGAUAAUGAAGUUCAGAGUGAAAGAGCUCAAUUUCAACAGAAAGGUGUUCUUCAACUUCAAUCUCAAGAUGCCUUGCUAGCUCAGAACAAGAUUAUGACUCAGCAACUUGAGACAUUAAUGAAGAAGUUAUCUCAGCUACCUAAAGAGCUCCAGAAUGUUUCUCAAGCCCAACAUCAGAUGAUUCAAUGCUGUGAAUUAUGCGGUGGAGAUCACAAGAAUGGUCAAUGUGUACUACAAAGCAUGUCUCAUGAAGAAGUGAAUUAUAUGGGAAAUCAAGGUCGCCAAAUGGAUUUUAAUCAAGGUCAAAAUUUUAAUCAAGGCUGGAGACCUCAUCCGAGUAUGGGACAAGCUAGUCCGUCCAACAGACCACCUCCACAGAACUUUCAUCAACAACCUACUUUGACAGAAAGAACUUCAAAACUGGAAGAAACUCUUCAGCAGUUUAUCCAAGCAUCAAUCUCCAACCAUUAAAGUACAGAAGCCUCAAUUCGUAAUUUGGAGAUUCAAGUGGGUCAAUUAACUAAGAAUUUGGAAGAAAAAUCUGAGAAGAAAUUUGUGGCUAACACUGAAGUUAAUCCAAGGGAGGAGUGUAAAGCCAUCACUACAAGGUCAGGAAGGGUGUUAGAAGAAAGAGGGCAUGAGAAGAGCAAGAAAGAGAUGAGGGGAAAGCUGAGAAGAGAUAAAAUAAGAGAGAUGAGAUGAGUGAAAGGGAAGAAAAAGAAAAAGAGAGAGAGGGCAGAGAAAAUCAGAGAGAGAAAGAGGAAGAGAAAAUGAAAGCAAAGGUGUUUGAGAAAUCUCUUCCAUAUCCAAAGAUUUUCUCUAAAAAGGAGAAGGAAAGGAAGUUCAAAAGCUUCGUUGAUAUCUUCAAAAAUUUGGAAAUCAAGAUGCCAUUCUCAGAAGCACUGCAAUAGAUGCCCUCUUAUUCUAAGUUCAUGAAAGAAUUGCUUACCAAGAAGAAGAAGUACAUUGAUGAAGAAACUAUUGAAGUACAGGGUCAAUGUAGUGCAAUCAUUCAAAAGUUGCUUCCACCAAAGUCUAAAUAUCCUGGCAGCUUCACAAUUCCAUGCAACAUAGGAAAGCUAGCUGUUGGAAAGGCUCUAAUUGAUCUGGGAGCCAGCAUAAAUCUGAUGCCCCUUUCUAUGUUUGAGAAAAUUGGGGAUCUGGAGAUGAAAUCUACACGCAUGACUCUACAAUUAGCAGAUCGAUCAAUCAAGUAUCCUUAUGGAGUGGUAGAGGAUGUGCUCAUAAAGGUAGACAAAUUGAUAUUCCCUGCAGAUUUUGUCAUCAUGGAAAUGGAGGAAGACAAAGAAGUACCUCUCAUUCUGGGACGACCAUUCAUGAAGACAACAAAAGUCGUCAUUAAUAUGGAUGAUGGAACGCUGAAACUGAAAGACAAAGAUGAGGAGGUAAUUUUUAAUGCAUUUGAUGAUGUGCAACAGUGUAAUGAAGAAAAGGCAAUUCCUGAAGCUGCAAAUGAAAUCAUGUGUGUAAGUGAUAAAUCAGAUGACCACCAGUUGUUGAUGCAAAGCAAGGAGCCCAGAUUAGGAGAGCCAAUUAUACUGAAAGAUAAGUUGUGGGUUUUCAAAAGCAAAACCAAAGACGGAAGAUUUGAAGUUGAAGCUCCUUACUCCAAGGUAACCAGAAAGAUAUCUAGAAAACAGUGGAAGAGUUGUUGGUGGAACAGAGGAAAGAAGCUCACCAAAAUCAAAAAUCCACCAUGAGCUUAACAGGUGUCGAGCUAAAGACAGUAAACAAGCACUUACUGGGAGGCAACCCAGCUUUCUAACCCUUCCUUUUAUGUGAUGUUGUUGUUUAUUUGUGUUUGAGUAUGUGACUCUGAUUGGUACUUAGUGGGUGUGAUGAGUUCUAUUAUUAUAGGUAUUGAGUUUGGUUGUGUUUUAAUGUGUUUUAAUGUGUUUUGGAGAUGUUAUUUCUGUGUUUUUGGAUUUGUAAGGAACAUAUACAUUGGCCUGAGGACAUGCCUUCAUCUAUGUGGGAGAGGGAUUCUUAGGUACAUGAUGAGCAGCAGCCGGAGGCAUCUUCAAUUUGGAGAUUAUGGAAUCGCAACCAUGACCUCCCAGGAGUUCUAGUUUGUUUUUAAUUUCGGUUAUUUAAUUUCUUGAAGUUUUUUAUGACUUAUUUUCAGUAUUUGAUUUGAUUGAGUUGUUGUGUUAGUUUGUUGAAAUAAAGAGCUUUGAAUUCUUUCCAUGAUAAUUGGCAUGAUUGUGAGAUUGUUAUUGCAGAUCUGAGUUUUAGAACUUGUGCUAUGAUUAUCUUUGAGUAGUUCUUGAAUCUGAUUGAUUAUGACCCAGAAGUUGAAUAAGUGAGUGUACUGAGAAAGCUUUGAGAACAAGUGAGAAGUUGUUAUUUGAUGGAAUCCUCCUUGAUGUAGUCCUCCUUUUGUAUUUUUACUUUUCCUAGCUUAGCUCUUAAGGAGCAUGGGUUACUAUAAAUACCCAACUCCUCUCUUGUAUUAGCACUUUUGAGAUUAAUGAGAAUUAAGUUUUCUGAAAUAGAAACAAUUCUCUCUUGAAAGUCAGGCUAGAGAGUCCAAAGACUUCCUCUAGCCACCUUCCAAGCACCUUUCUCACUCUCAUUUUCCAUUUUUCCACGGUGCCUCUCUUCUCCACGCUGCCUCUCCUUCACUGCCACCUCAUUAGAGCAUGCGUCAGCGCUCUACCUCACAUUCUUCAUUCCAUCAAGCCUCAGCCACAGCCAUUUGCAUUUCACUCUCUCAAUAGCUCCUCGGCCAUCAACCACAUCCUCUUCACCGUUUUGCUUUGGUUUCAUCACAGAUUCCAGGUUCAACCUCUAUUCUACCUUGCUUCCGUCAUUGCAACCCUAGAUCCAGGUUUUCCACCGAAUCUCAUCUUCUCCUCUAGGGUUUCGUCUCACUUCCUCCUUCAUUUUCAUUAUUCCUUCAUUUUUCACCGAACAAACCUUAUUUCCUCCGUUCAUCCUUCUUUUCCAACGUUCAAUCAGUUGUUUGAACCGAUUAAUCGGUUUAUAUUGAGUCUCCUCACCCUUUGAGGGUUUCUUCGUGUCCAAUUUAAGUUUUCCACUCUUCGAUCUCCGUUUUCCCCUUCAAUCUCGAGUUUCCUUUUCCAUUCCGCUGCGUCUUCACUCGUCGGAGAAGCUUCGAGGAGUCCGA